AUGAUGUAUGAUAUAUUAAAAACAACUAGUAAAACUGUUGAGUAUCUUUAUGAUCCAAAUAGCAGGGCUGAAGCUAUGCGAAUAAGAUAUGAGUUAUUACAGCAGGGCAAGCAUGUGGUAUUUAUUCUAACAAGUUAUAGUAUGGUUCAAGCAUUGGCAGAAAAAAUCUUUAAAUUGCAAAGACCUGAUAAUUCUCCUGAUUUUUCAGAUAUAAAUACCGCUUGGGAUAAACUUGAUUAUGUAGCUUAUACAAGUUAUAAAAAUAUUCGUGCUGAACUCAAAAGUGCUAGGCCUAACAAUUUGCCUACAGCAAUAAGAGGUCAUCAUGAAUGUGAUAAAAAUAUUGUAUCAUAUAAACUUGAUCAAUCACCUGCCAUUAAAGCUCUGAACAGGUCAGGUCGGGUUAGGUAA